AUGACGACAUACCCAACUCCCAUAUCACAAACGUCGCCGGCGUAUAGCCAGGGUGCUACGCCGUCGGCAUUGUCUAGUCCACCGACAUCUCCAGAUCAAUUUCUUCCCGGUAGCACAGCGUCGAUGCGGUCUACUCGACAGGCAAUAACAGAGGGACUUAUCUUUGGUGACAUCGCGGGAGAGGUGAUAUCCCCAGCGGACGGGUUCGAUGUAUGUUUGCAGGAGGGGGGAGCUUUAGAGGACCUGAAUCCGGCAGCCUAUGUUGGGCUCGGCGAAGCUGUAUUCGAAGGGGGCGCUGAGGUUCUUGGAACACUCACAGAGCCCAUGUAUACUUCACACCAACGUUUCCUCGGGGGCAUGACGAGCGGAGGAGCGUCCACGAUGGACGGAUACAACAUACAUUUGGAGAACGAAGCAGCGUGGGCCGAAGGAUACAACGCACCCGUGGAGAGCGGAGUAGUGUCAAUGGUCAAUGCUUGUUACAUACCUUUGGCGAACGGGCUAGGAGGUACCGACUCGGCGGCCUACACAUGGCUCCAAGAGAGAGGCGGUCAAGGCCAGAACACCCUACAAGGAACAGCGGCACACAUCCCGCUUGCUGACGGAUCGGCCGUCACAAACCAAUAUGAGAUGCCUGUCGAGGGGUGGCCAAAUGCGAACGGCGCUCAUCUGUCCACCCAAGCAUGGUCCGGGGAGACGUUGUAUCCCGGAGGCAAUAUGUUAGCUCAGACAGGACCCACCACUAGCAAAUGGUCAAGUUUAACUAGUUCAGGUCCGUAUGUCUAUACCCCGAUCGUACAGACCCUAUAUCGAGGGGUCAAGCAGAUAGAGACAGCGGGGGAAGUGUCUAUGUCUGCCACUGUUGUGUCUGAUCCACCAGAGCCACUCCGGAUGAUCAGGGGAUGGAUUGACGGUCCUAACAUGAGCGUACGGCAACUUACAGAGAUCACACAUAGUCGAGGUGGAAAAGACCCGUGGUGUGAUUGGAAGGGCAGGAAAAUAAAGCUCCCGAGAUGCCCAGAAGGAUAUAGCUGCAUCCUGAAGUUCAAGUACGGCAACUAUAGACUGCCCACCUCAAAGAUGACAUUCGAAACCGGCAUUCUCAGCCGCCGUGACAUCGCCGUGCAACUUGCAUUGAAAUUCCUAGAAGGCCAUUCCCAUCUGAUGUAUGAUAGACUGCGACGAUGCCAGCAGGCAGGGCAUCAGCACGAUCCAUGCAAGAAUUGCGAUCUUGGGGGCCCGCCGGAGUCACUGCAGGACAUCAUACUCACACGAAUCGAACAAAAGGGGAACCAAUUUCGGGGUAUCUUCGAGAAUAGGGAUGGAAGUUAUAGCGUUUAUCCCCUCGAGUCUUGA